CCCAGUCCACGCCCCGCGUCGUCCUCCCCUUCUCUUCCUCGCUCUUGCGACCGAAAUCGCCGCCGCCGUCGCCGCCCAACCCCGGCCGCCUCCGGUGGUUUCUGCCGCCGUCGCCUAGCGCGAACGACGCACCUAGCCGCACUUUAUCAUCUCCUCCUCUUAGAUUUUCCGGGCGCCUCCUCGUGCGGCUGUGCCCUACCCCGCAUGGGAGCUAGGGUUUGCGCCCCUCGUCGGAGUUGAACUCCGGCGGCCGUCCUGGUGCUCGGGUGGUCAUGGUCGCCGCCCCCGCCCCCGCCCUAACCGCCGCGGACGCGAGGCAGGCCGCGGCGAGGAAGGAGGAGGAGGACGACGAGGAGGUCGUCUGCUUCAUCUGCUUCGACGGGGGAGACCUCGUCGUCUGCGAUUGGAGGUGCGACGCCGCAGUGCGCGACUUCUUCCACGCCUGGAUGAUCAUUGAGCGCGCCCCUCCUGAUUGCAGUCAGUGCCGCCGCCGUCUCCAAGCUGCAGAGUCCCGUUCCUUUCCGCCCGUGCGUUUCCUCAGCUUGCCACACAUGCUGCCAUCUGAAAAAGCAUUUUAUGCUGCUGUAUCUUCCCUUGGCAUCUACAGCAAAGAUGUUUACGAUGGAAAGGGGCUAUUUAGCGCCGCUCGUGUUUGGUGGAUGUUUCGUGCUUAUGGACAUGACAAAGUCUGGGUUUUGGAUGGAGGUUUGCCCCAGUGGCGUGCUUCUGGGUAUGGCGUGGAAUCAAGUGCCUCCAGCGAUGCUAUCUUAAAAGCUAGUGCUGCUAGUGAAGCAAUCGAGAAGGUUUACCAGGGGCAGUCGCUUGCUGCUUCCAGGACAUGGAUAGAGGAGAUUAUUUUGAAUUAAGUUUGGGCAAAAAAGACCUGGACAGAUCAAAGAAAUACAUCCAGACGUUGCAGGCAUGACCAUAUUCCAUUGCUAUUACUAUAUUUGUAUCAGUACCCCGAUAUUAGUAUGUGGUUCAUUUUCCACAUUUGAUAUUAGUAGCCUGAGAAAUAAUAUAUUGGAAAAACUUAAAUUUAUUGGAAAAACAUUUGCUGUUGGACAGUUAUGAUUUUUAGUGUCUACGCUGAUGGUUUCAUAUUCAGUUGUUGUGAUGAUGAUAAUUGUUAUGAUUUAGUCAUUUACAAUGAUCUGUAGCUGCUGUAGUGGAUUAUUACAUGAUUGUGGACCAUGAUAUGCUCAGUUUUACACAUGUAAAAUAUAGAUUUCCCAGUGGCAUGUGUAUUGAGAUGCCUUACUUGUUCGUCUAUUGAUUACUUGGUUAUUUGUGACUUCUGCUGCUCUAGUGCUUGCUUUAGAUGAUCUGAUUUUCAAUAAGUGCAUGUUAUAACACUAAAAACAUUAUGAUCAUCAAAGUAGUGUACUCUCUUGCCAAGUAUUUCUCAGUACAGGAGUUCAGUUAGUGAUAUUGCUCUGUUAAUUCACAACUACAUGAGGUACCAUAUAACUUGAGAAAUCCUCAACUCUGAUCCUAGCUGCAACUACUUCACAAAGUUGGGACUGAAACCAACUUUCUGUUAAUUCACAAAGUUGUCUAUUUUCUCUUUCUAUUCUGAUCUUUCUGUUAAAGUGUUAUUGUAUUUACUAUGCACAUCGGGGCCAAGAGGCUGUCUACAAGCCUAGAACUCGAGUGUAACUUGCUUCUUGUCAAGCUUAUUUUCUUUCAGAGUUAAAUUGCGUUAAAUAUUUCUUCUGGCCAUUAAUUUUCUUGUCGAGCUGUCGCGUGUGGAGGAGCAGGCGAGCUGCUGCUGCUGGAGAUCAUGUGCUCCUGCUAGAUCUUCAUUGUUAGGUCGAAACUGAAUGUUGGUGUGGUUGAUUUUGAUUUGAAUUGUAAACGGAAUGUCGUGGUUGAUUUGAAAUCUAAAUUGAAAUGUACUGUUUAUAGCUGUUGUACUAUCUGUGUAAAAGCAUGGCUGUAAUGGAUUUGUAUUGGAAAUGGUGCAUGAAAAGUGCCUCUAA